GUUUUGUUAAUUUAGUCGGUAAAAUGGUUGCCAAUAAAGAAAAGGCAACGAAACGUAAAGCUUCCAUUGCGGAGGUGAAGGCAGAACAGAUCGCCUCAAAACAGGAAGCGGAAGAAUCGACCGAAGACAGCAACGAGGAGAGUGACUAUGCAUCGGAUGAGGAAAAUUUGCUCGGAAACAUCAAUAAUGAAGGUGAAGAUAGUAGCGAUUCGGAUAGGGAAUAUGAUACCGAUGAGGAUGAUGAUGAUGAGGUGUUAAGCUUCGAAAGUCUUGGAUCAGAUGGGGAGGAAGAUUCGGAAGAAGAUACUGGUGCUAGGUUGGAAGAGAUCGAGAACGAUAAUGAUGAGGAUGCAGAGGACGAAGAGGAACCCGAUUCGGCCGAUGAUGUAAACAGCGACAGUGAAUCGGAAGAGGACGAUGAAGAAGAUGAGGAUAGCAGCGAAGAGGAUCUUGAAGAGGAACAGGAAGUGGAAGAAAAUGUAGAAAAAAUGCAAGAAUCCAAACCUGCUAAAUCUGAAAAACCGGCGCAACCCGCUAAAUCAGCAAAACCAGCCAAACCAGUUAAGCAGGAUAACAAGAAAAAGGCAACACGGAAUGAGUCUGACGACGAGGGCCCACUUCCAGCGGACGACGAGGAUGAGCUGAGGCUUGGAAGAAUUGAAGAUGUGCUUGGCGAGGGCGAAAAGAAAACACGUGGCUUGAGUGUAUUCCCAACCCUACCGAAGAGGAAGGGCAAACCGAAGGACGAGUAUGCCGCCGGUGACACAUCGGACGAGGAAGAUAUCCGCAAUACGGUUGGCAACAUACCGAUGCAUUGGUACGACGAGUACAAACACAUCGGGUACGAUUGGGACGCCAAGCGGAUCAUCAAGGCGAAGAAGGGUGAUGCGAUCGACGAUUUUCUGCAGCGUAUGGAAGAUCCCAACUUUUGGCGCACCGUAACCGACCCACAGACCGGGCAGAAGGUGGUCCUGUCGGACGAUGACAUCGGGCUGAUCAAGCGCAUCAUGGCUGGACGCAAUCCGGACGUCGAGUACAACGAUUACGAACCGUUCGUCGAGUGGUUCACGUCGGAGGUGGAAAAGAUGCCGAUACGCAACAUCCCGGACAGCAAGCGUUCGUUCCUGCCGAGCAAGGUGGAAAAGCAAAAGAUUGGCAAGUACGUGCACGCGCUCAAGAUGGGCUGGAUGAAGACGAGGGCGGAGAAGCGCCGGCUGGAAGCGAUCCGCCGAAUGCCCAAGUUCUACAUGCUUUGGCAAACGGACCAUGGAAAGGAGGAUAUGCGCCGGAUUCAUGAUCAUGUCGUCGCACCAAAGCGCCCACUGCCGGGCCAUGCCGAAUCGUACAACCCACCGCCGGAGUAUUUGUUCGAUGAGAAGGAACUGGAACAGUGGAAAAGGCUUGCGAAUGAGCCGUGGAAGAGGAAGCGUCCGUUUGUGCCUCAGAAGUACAAUAGUUUGCGGGAAGUGCCGGCGUACGGGAGAUUCAUUAAGGAGCGUUUCUUGCGCUGUUUGGAUCUGUAUCUGUGUCCACGUAGUCGGCGGACGCGUGUUGCCGUUGGUCCGGAGUAUCUGGUGCCGAAGUUACCUUCGCCGCGGGAUUUGCAACCAUUCCCGACGCUGCAGAACCUUAUCUACAAGGGCCACACGAACAUGAUUCGUUGCAUUAGCGUGGAACCGAAGGGCGAAUAUCUGGUGACCGGCUCGGAUGAUAUGACCGUGAAGAUUUGGGAAAUAUCGACCGCCCGUUGCAUCCGCACGAUACCGACCGGUGACAUUGUGCGUUCGGUAGCCUGGUGUCCGAACAGCAAGAUUUCACUGGUAGCCGUAGCGAGCGGCAAGCGCGUAUUGCUCAUCAAUCCGAAGGUGGGUGAUUACAUGCUGGUAAAGAAGACGGACGAUCUGCUGGCGGAAGCACCCCGAUCCGAUACGGUGGACAAUGAGCGCAUCCAGACGGCGAUCCAGUGGGGUGAGGUAACGGAGGAGGAAAGCAAAGCGGGUGUCCGUAUCGUCAUUACGCACUUCCGUGAGGUGCGUCAGGUUACCUGGCAUGGGCGGGGUGAUUACUUUGCAACAGUCAUGCCGGAUGCUGCGUACCGAUCCGUUAUGAUCCAUCAACUGUCCAAGCGUCGUUCACAGCUGCCGUUCUCGAAGAGCAAGGGAUUGGUGCAGUGUGUACUGUUCCAUCCGGUAAAACCUUGCCUGUUUGUUGCGACCCAACGACACGUCCGUGUGUACGAUCUGGUUAAGCAGAUGAUGCUGAAAAAGCUUUACCCGGGCUGCAAAUGGAUAUCCAGCAUGGCCAUCCAUCCGAAGGGUGACAAUUUACUGGUGGGCACGUACGAGAAGCGUUUGAUGUGGUUCGAUCUGGAUCUGUCCACCAAACCGUACCAACAGUUGCGUAUUCACAAUUCGGCCAUCCGUGGCGUAGCUUUUCACCAGCGCUAUCCACUGUUUGCUUCUGCCGGUGAUGAUCGCAGUGUGGUCGUUUCGCACGGCAUGGUUUACAAUGAUUUGCUACAAAAUCCUCUAAUUGUACCGCUACGUCGGUUGAAAAAUCACGAGAUUGUGAACGACUUUUCCGUGCUUGACCUUGUAUUCCAUCCUACACAGCCGUGGAUCUUCUCGUCCGGGGCAGACAAUACGGUGCGUUUGUACACGUAAAUUAUGGAUGGAAGUA